AUGCUGGUCCCCCCUGCCUCCCCGCCUCCCCGCUUCCCCACCAGACUCUCCCAGCGGCCGACAGCUCCCUCCGGUUCUCCCGGAAACCUUCUGUGGCUCCCCGUGUCACCUCCGGCAGGGGAAGCCGUCCCCGAGGCCCAGGCCCGCCUCCCCUCCUGCGCUCACCUGGCUCGGUGCCCCUGCGCGCUCUGCGGAGCCCACACGGCCGCAGCCACAGCCACAGCCGCAGCCACAGCCCGGCUCCGUGCCCUGCACCCGCCCCGGGCUCCCCCUCCCCGCGGGCACCGGGCACCGGGCACCGGGCGGCGGGCGGCGGGCGGAGGCUGCCGUGUGCCCCGCAGGUGCCGGCGCGGGUCCGGGCACACGCGGCUACAGCGCGGUGGCGGGCGAGGACGGAACCGGCGGGGCAGCGGCGGCGCGGCCGGGACGGGGCAGCCCGGGAAGCCGGACCGCGCCGAGGCGCCGCACCUGGUGGUGGGCGGCAGAGCCUCGGCCCGCGGCGCAGUUUGCUUCGGGAGCAGGCGGGUGGGUUCAGAGUGGGGGCGAGCGGCACGACGACAAUCCAAGGGCGGAAAAGGAAAAAAAAAAGAAAAGAAAAAAAAGAAAGAAAGAAAAGAAAAGAAAGGAAAAGAAAGAAAAAAAAGGAAAAGAAAGAAAAAAGAAAAUAAAAGAAAAGAAAGAAAAGGAAAAGGAAAGAAAAGAAAGAAAAGGAAAAGAAAAGAAAAGAAACGAAAAGAAAGAAAAAAAGAAAAAAAGAAAAGAAAAGAGAAGAGAAGAGGUCAAGGACGCCAGUGGGCGCUGCGCCGCCGAGGGGGAGAGCCACAGCGCGAAGACAGGAGGGAAGCGCAGCCCCGCGGCCAGCGACGGCCACGGCCUGACUGCGGGACCGGCCUGCGGAGCGGCCCGUGCACCUGCACCGCGGGCCCUGCAGCGAGACCCAGGCAGCCGCUUCUCCGCGGACCUUUCCUGGGGAAAACAGAAACCAGCCUCAAGCAGCGAGACAGGAAAUUCAAAAUACCUGAAGCAAAGACGGCAGCGCGCCAAGAUUGGGCCGAGCUGGGUGGCCGUCCGGGGUGGCUCUCUGCCAUCCUCCUCCGUCUCAGGCCUGAACCCUUUCCUCUAUUUUCUGUGUGUUCAAAAUUAUUUGGGGAUUCCAUUUAUUUGUUCUUGGUGACCUCUACACCCGGGGGGGGGCGGGGCUCAGACCCACGACCCCAAGACCAUCACAUACCCCUCCCUCAGAGCCGGCAGGGCCACCCCCGAAGUACUGGCGAGUGGGGGAGGCCUGGAGAGGCCGAGGGCCGCCAGACCUGGGGGAGCCGGCGCAGGAGCCUCCCCACCUGCUGCAGGUGUGCGCGGGGUCACCCACGAUGGGAGCAGGCAGAUCCCCUCGGGUCACCCACCCUGCGGUACUUCAUCCUUCUCCACGUGCUGCCCUGUCCUUGUUUUUCCUUCUGA